UCGCACUCCAGGCGGAUGUUUCCAACAUGAUGCUCCAGCGAUAAGAAAAAAACACAAUAUAUAACUGAGCCUUCAAAUUCAUGUUGGUGCUUUUUUACCACAUAACUUAAGCGUGCAAACGAGCGGAGGCCGUUCGACUCAAAUGCCUUUCUCGGUCUCGUCCAACCGUUUCUAAAAAGGCAGCAGUCAACAACGGCUGUGUAACUUGCUGCAGGCCCACACAACUCUUUGUGUAAAGACCCUAAAGCUCACAGAUGAAAAUGGGCUUCCCUGUAGUUCUCACUUGCCUGAGUCCUUUACCUUAUUUGCAACUCAGUGAGGUGCGGGGGUCACAGUCAAUUUAAACAACACACAAACGUUUUUCUGUCGGGAACAAAAAUGAGAGGGUCUUUAAUCCUUGGCCAUUAGGUCACGUGUAUGUCACAAACCGCGGGCAGUAAGCACCCCUCGUCUCUCUCAGCCGCGCCCCUCACUUAAAUCUCGAUUACUGCGUCACUCUUAAAUAUGCUGCCCACCAAGAAAAAAAAAACAUCGUGUGCAACGUAAAAAAGCUGUCUUUUUUAAGUUUCUCCCUCACGUGAGCGAGACAAAUCGAAGACCAAACGUCCGGACACGCGUGGGAACCCAAAGCAGAGAGCGUAGACCUCCCAGACACUCCAGUAAAUACCCCCCGAGAGCCCAUCACGAAGCUUGGGCCGACCGAGCGAAACUCCCAAAACGUUAAAGGCAGUUCGACGUCAUCCUUCCCCCGUCUCACCGAGUCUGUAGUCGUGUCCGCAACUAACGCCACAGCGCGGAGCGCAGGCAGGCAGAGACGACCCCGGGCUGGACCCCGCCGCACUGACCGUGUCCGAGAUACCCGGGACUUCAGCAACAGAAGAAACUGGAGAUGGUAUCUCUCCGCUUACACGGGGAAGGAGGACGGUACACGCGUGAUCGCGUAGGCAAGAGGAGCUGUGAAACAUCCGUCUAAUAAUUAAUCACAUUCCCUCAAAUCAAAGGUUGGGAGGUCGCGUCUCACCGAAGUCCCCCGGGCGUCAAAGACAGGACAAAACGAAAUGAACGGGCGUCUCGUUUAUGCGACACCGAUUCAGGAGGAGGAAAAUGCCUAAAUUGUUUGGAUUCAAGAAUUAACACGUGGACGAUGAGUACAGAUGAGUUCAGCUGAGUACAGUUCAGUCUUUCUGUCUGCCAGCGCUGCCCCUGCAGUCGGAGCCGCACCGAGGGCUGCGGGUCGCCUCGACGACUCCCCUCGGGAAGAGACAACGUGACGUCUGCGCGAACGCGUUCAGUCCCUGUCACUCCCCUAGAAACGCCGGCUGUCUUUUAAAAGCGACCGAAGGCUACAGGUUUCGCAGGACCCUGCGAGUCUUGGAAGUUUUCUGCACCGAGACUGACCUCGCAGCCGCAGCCGGUUAUAGUGUGGGGCCGAGGACGGGGUCGUUCCGGGGAAAAUGAAUGCAACGGAGAUACUGAACCGGACGCUUGCGGGUACACAACCCCCCGGGCCGGUAGGCAUAGAGGCGCUCCUGCGGUGCUGCAAUUUCUCCAACUCGGCCAGCACCAACGACGGCUUCGGCGUGUCCCUGCCGGACGAGCGGAACCUGUACGUCAUGCAGGUGGUCCAGAUCGCGGUGCUGUGCGUGCUGUCGCUCACGGUGGCGUUCGGGAUAUUUUUUCUAGGCUGCAACCUGCUCAUCAAGUCGGAGAGUAUGAUCAACCUCCUCGCGGAAGACCGGAGACCCUCCAAAGAGGCAGAAGCUAUAAUGAUCGGGUCCUAAAGUACGCCGAGGGAUCCGGGUCCGCUCGGUACCCCGGUGCCAGCAAUUGUUCCGAUUCUUAAAAGUCAAGCGGGUGGACUCGCUUUAAACUCGGUUUAAAAGGACGUUCAGCUCCCCGGAGUUUGCCGGGGAAAUGGCUCCUUAUCUACUGAGAAGCCAGUUCUUGCUCAGACGGCGAUCUGUCACGGUCCCUUGAAUUAAUUUCGUCCAGGAUGGUACCAAGAGACCUCCUCUCCGGGAAGACUGGCCGCAGAGGUAACAGCGGGAAACUGCGAAGACGUUCCUGAGUGACACUGAAGGAUUUUACCUUUAAAUCCGGUACUUUGUAUUUUAAAAAUUUAAACGAAUAACCCUUUUUGUCACGGAUUACAGUUUUUCAUCAAUGUUAAUAUGUUGAUGGACGACUGUAUAACCUACACAGUAAACAAUACUGCAGGCUGUAAUUUACCAACUGGAUAGGUUUAUUAACUAAACCUAAUUGUAAUUGUAUUGGAAAAAAAACCCUGUUUUUAGACUUGUCUUUCUUGCUUGUUUUGCAAUAGAAUUUGCACCUGCAUAUUGA